CACUCCCGCUCACUCUCCCAUUUCGAAAUACGGAGUCUUUCCCAAGUCCAACUCUCUCCUAGGGUUUCAAUCUCACUUCUUCAGACGAUGGCGAACGACCGCCGAAGCUCCGAUCUGGUGGAUCCGCUUCUCGGCUACUUCGGCCUCUCUCUCUUCCCCCGCACAUUUAGGGAUUCCUCCACCGUUUCUAAGCCGUCCGGUCGCGACAAUAUCGAAUCCCUCCAUUCUUACCUCCAGUCCAUGGCAUUAAGAAGUCCCACUAAGCUCCUAGAGCAGGCAAAGUCCAUCUUAGAUGGUGGUUCAGAACUAUUGAAUCCCAACUUCCCAAGUGAUGUAGCAUCAGAAGACAACUGUGGACCUAUUUCUGAAAAGCUCAAGGAAAAUCCCCCAGAGCGAAGGCCUGCCUUAGGCCGUAAACGGGCUCGGUUUUCUUUAAAGCCUGAUUCAAGUCAGCCUACUAUGGUUUUGGAACCAAGUUUGGACAUUGAUAAACUCCAAGACCCAGAGGAGUACUUCUUGGCCCAUGAAAAGCUCGAAAAUGCCAAAAAGGAAUUACAGAGACAGCGAGGUGGUGUUUUAAUGGAUUUAAAUCAGUACAAUCUAUCUACUACUGCACGGCAUCGUCGACCAGGAAUUUUAGGGAGGUCUGUUAGUUAUAAGCAUCACUACUCAUCUUUAGUUUCUGAUAAUGAUGAGAACUUGAUGCCCUCUCCAGCAACAGUGGAACAGAAGAUUGUUAGUCCUUCUAAUUAUAGUUCACAAGUAGAAAUGGUGGAUCCAAAUGUUGCUUUACAGGAAAGAGAGUUAACUGAAACGGUAGAUCCAAGUGUUGAAUCACUGGAAAGAGAAUUAACUGUUUCAGUGACCCAGGCAGAGAACAAAGUAGAUGAAAUUUUGGAUGAAUUACUAUCAGGUAAUUGUCAAGAUUUAGAUGGGGAUGGGGCACUCACUUUUUUGCAGGAGCGCUUGCAGAUCAAACCUAUUGAUCUGGACAAAUUAUGCCUCCCUGAGUUGCAUGAUAUCCAACGGAAUGAUUUCAAGUCUUCAGGAGGAAACUGGCUCAGGCAUAGGGACUCAUUGUCAGAUAUAAAGACUAUGUUAGAAGGGCUAAGUAGUAAAACACCCAUAAAGAAAGGGCAAGUGGUGGAAAGCUUUGUUCAUACUUUGGCUUCACCGACGCCACCAAAGAGUCCUUUUGCCUCAAUAUGUCUAUUAAAGAGGCACAUUUUGCAGUCAAAUCUAACAAGCGAUCCAUUUUCUGUUCUCAAGGUUAAUCUAUCACCAGCCAGGAAUUCUUCUACUGUCAAAUCUAGUGAUAAACAAUCCGAUCAGAUUGACAAUGGAAAGGAGCUUAGCUUUUCUGCAAAGUUGAAAUCAGUAAUACUUGAAGGAGAUGAUAUUGCUGUUGCAAACAAGAGUUCACAUGAGGUGGUACAUGUGAUAACAGGAGAUUCAACUCCUCCAUUUGAGAAAGCUGUGAAUAACGACUCGAGAAUACUUGGUGUUGGAAUCAAUAGUGGGUUGAGUGGAUCUCAUGCUGACUUGGAUGGUAACAUUAGAAGCAAUGAUGUGGAUGAUUUAAGGAGGCUGGAUGCUGACACUGAUGUUCAAAUAAAUAGAACAAAUGAAUUGGAGGAUAAUUCUUCUACUGUCAAAUCUAGUGAUAAACAAUCCGAUCAGAUUGACAAUGGAAAGGAGCUUAGCUUUUCUGCAAAGUUGAAAUCGGUAAUACUUGAUGAUAUUGCUGUUGCAAACAAGAGUUUACAUGAGGUGGUACAUGUGAUAACAGGAGAUUCAACUCCUCCAUCUGAGAAAGCUGUGAAUAACGACUCGAGAAGACUUGGUGUUGGAAUCAAUAGUCGGUUGAGUGGAUCUCAUGCUGACUUGGAUGGUAACAUUAGAAGCAAUAAUGUGGAUGAUUUAAGGAGGCUGGAUGCUGACACUGAUGUUCAAAUAAAUAGAACAAAUGAAUUGGAGGACAAGGUUGGAGAUAUGUUGCAGGAAGCAGAACCGCGUGCACACCCAGAUCAGAAUAUUGAAGAUUCAACUUUGGAGCAGUUGAACAGCAGUGAGAGUCAAGGGGAUCAACCAACUCCUGCUGUAGUUGAAGCCCAUGACAUGGAUGGACCCUCCAAAACUGGAGACGAUGAUCCAGAACAGUGUACUGAGAAAAUUCUGGAACCUUCUGGUGAAUCACUGAAUAAGAGAAGCAAAGAAAAAACACCUCCUCACCGAGAACGCAAAAGAAAAGAAAUUUCUGGGAGGCAAAGUCUUGCAGGGGCUGGAACAUUGUGGAGUUCUGGGGUGAGGCGAAGCACCAGAAUCAAAAUGAGACCCUUGGAGUAUUGGAAAGGCGAAAGGUUUUUGUAUGGACGCGUACAUAAGAGCUUGACAACAGUAAUUGGGGUAAAGUAUGUGUCUCCAGCUAAGGGUGAUGGAAAACCCACUAUCAAAGUGAAGUCUUACGUCUCUGAUGAAUAUAAGGAGCUUGUUGACCUAGCAGCUUUACAUUGAGAUCACCUUGUUUCGUGUGAACAUGAUUAGAUACACUUAGGGUCAUAGAAAAGUUGAAACAGGGCAAAAAUGUUGAUUUGAUAUUCUACUCUAUUAGGGUUCAUCAGGUCCUACUACAAUAUCCCAAAGUACUAUGAUUGGUCACUAUUGAAAAAGUCACAGCCAAUCAGGUAAUGCCAUACAUAUAUACACCUUUGGGUCUCAUGACCUAUCCUUGAAUCCUAUUUGUUUGUAUCCUCGUUCAA